CCCACACCCACCCACACCACACCCACACCCACACCCUGCAUGUUUUCUCCCUUCCUGUUAAAAACCUCCGUAAUGUCACAUUAAAAAAAAAACAAGUUUCUCAGGAAAAUAUUUUUUUAAAGAAAUAUUCAUUUAGGAUGUCAUCGAAUCUUCAAGUAGCAGUAUGUCGUUCAAUUACGAAUACUGAACCAAUUCCAUUAUGUCUUCCUUAUAUAGAUCAUCAAAUAUUUCCUGAUAUUAAACAACUGAAAAAUUAUGUAGUGAAUCAUUCUGAAUUAUUUUCUUUUAUUGUAUUACUUCUGGAUUUAAAUGAUCAAAAUUCGAGUGCAGAUUUUGAAGAACUAAAAAUACAACGUCAUGUAUUUGCUAUAUUUAUAUGGGUGAAGCCUAAUUGUAAUUUAAGAUUUUAUGGUAAUAAUGUAUUUCCUGUCAUCAAGCAACUUAUAUCAUAUAAAAUAAAAUCAAGUGUUAUUCAAUUUUUUGAAGAUACAUCUAGAAAACUAUUAGCAUUGAAUCAAAUAGGUUCUGCAUUUAUUUUUCAAGAUAAAGCUAAUGCUAUAAAAAGACAAAUUUUUACAAACACACAAAUAAAAGCUUCUCAUAUAAUAAUUAUUCCAUUGAAUACAACUGAUGAAAAUUUAUAUGAUUUUCAAGAACGUCUAAUAACUUCAUGCAAUGAAUUAUGUGGCGAUUAUGAACCAAGAGUUUGUACAAUUUAUGAUUAUUUUCCUUCAAAUGAAAUUAUAAACGUUUAUGAAAAUCCAUAUGUAGAUUUUAUUUGUAAUUAUACACUUGUUGAAAAUCAACCAAUUACUGAACGUAUUCAACAGACUUUACCAUAUAUACUUAACAGUCCACUACCAUUAAUAAGCAGGAGAAUACAGCGAUUAGAAGAAAUUCAAAAUGAUAUUAACUUUGUUGCUGCUCUUGAACAUGCAAAUGUUAUUCUUCAAAAUCGUGAAAUGAUUGCUGAUGUUGAACUGCAACGAGGAAUUACGAAUCGUUCAGAAAGUCCUGUUGACAUUAGUGCUGCAUUUCAUGUGAUUGAACAAGCGAAAAAUGGUCCCACGCUGCAUAAUGAUGGUAAUAGUGAAGGAGACAUUGUUAAAAAGAUUCAAGAUGACUUUUGA